UUCGUUAUUCGUUUCGUCCACUCUGGUUUUCGUUGGACUUGCUAAAAGAACCCUAGACCACAAGGAGCGAGAGAGAGAGAGAGCUCAUCGAUUAAUGGCGGAGCACUUGGCAUCUAUAUUCGGGACGGAGAAGGAUCGGGUGAAUUGCCCGUUUUACUUCAAGAUCGGGGCUUGCAGACAUGGUGAUAGGUGUUCUAGGCUCCACACUAAGCCGAGCAUUAGUCCGACAUUGCUUAUCGCGAAUAUGUAUCAAAGGCCUGAUAUGAUCACUCCUGGAGUUGAUCCUCAGGGCCAGACUGUAGAUCCUCGCAAAGUCCAGGAACACUACGAGGAUUUCUAUGAGGAUCUAUUUGAGGAGUUGAACAAAUAUGGAGAGAUUGAAAGCUUGAAUAUUUGCGACAAUCUGGCUGAUCACAUGGUGGGUAAUGUAUAUGUUCAGUUUAGAGAAGAGGAGCAUGCUGCAAAUGCACUGAAGAACCUUAAUGGAAGAUUUUAUGCAGGACGUCCAAUUAUGGCCGACUUUUCCCCUGUGACGGAUUUCCGUGAAGCGACAUGUAGGCAAUAUGAAGAGAACACGUGCAAUCGAGGUGGCUAUUGCAAUUUUAUGCAUCUGAAAAAGAUUAGCAGGGAAUUGAGGCGGCAACUGUUUGGGCGGUACCGGCGGAGGCGAAGCCGUAGUCGAAGUCCAAUCAGGCAACACAAUUAUAAGGAGCAUCCACAUGGUGGCCGUGGUCAUGGUAGAUGGCAUGAUGACAGGGAUAACAAUUAUUUUGAUAAUAGAAGCAGAAGGCCAAGGAGCCGAAGCCCAGGACAAAGGAGGGGAAGAAGCCCGAGCCCCGGAGGGAGGAGAAGGAAUAGGAGUCCGGUCAGGGAAGGUAGUGCUGAAAGAAGGGCUAAAAUCGAGCAGUGGAACAGGGAGAGGGAAGCGGCUCAAUCCGGUAAGCAGAGUAAUGGUAAUAAUGAUCCCAACAACAAUGAGAGCAAUGCAUAUAGUCAAAACGAAGGCCAUUACAUUGAUCAGCAGCAGCAACAACAACAGCAACAGCAA